AUGGGUUGGUCCUGGCCUGAGAUCAAGGAGAAGCUUCAAUGCCCAAAGGACGAGGACGCUCAGUAUGAGAACACCACCUGGUGUAAUCGUGAUUUGAUUCCGAUUCCCCCAGACCGACGAACUUAUGGAGUCUUGUCCUAUUUUGGUAACAAGAUGCUCGUGUCCGAUCGCCGCAGUGACCCACUAAUCCAUUUUUUAGGGUACUGGACUGUGUCGGGGUCCUGCAUCUCCGCGUGGUCGACGGGCAGCACGCUGCUCGCCUUCGGGCUAAGCCCCCAACAGGCGAUUGCGGUCGUCGUAGUUGGUGGUGUUCUUGCCGGCCUCCUCGCCGUCGCGUUUCCGGUCGUGUUACGCGUCUUCGUUGCUUGUAUGUGGUUUGGAAUGCAGGCGUUCUGGGGCGGCCAGGCGACCAGCGUCAUGAUCGGAGCUAUCAUUCCAGGGUUUGCCCAUAUGCCUAAUUACUUCGCCGCUGGUUCUCAUCUCCAAACAAAAGACUUUAUUGGCCUCGUGAUCUGGAUGUGUGCGUUCAUUCCUGGUCUACUGAUUCGUCCCGAAAAGCUACAGAUCCCGUUUGUGAUUUGCUUUACCUUUUUCUGUGGCUCCUGCUUUGGGAUACUCAUUUGGGCGGUCUCUCAGGCACAUGGACCAGGAAAGAUGUUCCACGAGCCUGCCACAGCUCCUAAUGUCGGAUGGGCAUUUAUGUUUGGCAUUACGGCUAUUCUUGGAUCAUGGGGCUCUGGCACUCUCGGUCAGUCAGAUUGGACUCGUUAUGCGAAACGGAGGUUUGCGCCGACACUCUCCCAGCUCGUCGCUUCUCCAUUAACUAUUGGGGCAACGGCCACCAUUGGCAUCGUCGUGACUAGCGCAGCGCGUGAUGUGAUGGGUGGUGAAAUUGAAUGGAACCCCAUUUACCUACUAGCCGAAAUUCAAGAAUAUUACCAUUCGAGUCCCGGCGUCCGCGCUGGGGUAUUCUUUGCCAGUAUUGGCAUGGUCUUCUCUCAAUUCUCGAUCUCGGUUGUAUUAAACUCCGUAUCCUGUGGCAUGGACAUGGCCGGGUUGUGGCCCAGAUACAUUAAUAUCAGACGUGGGGCAUACAUCAUGGCUUGCAUUGGCAUUGCAACACAACCAUGGCAGCUACUAUCCACUGCAGAGAAAUUCCUUUCCGUCCUGAGUGGAUUCGGCGUCUUUAUGGCACCAGCAACGGGCAUUUUGCUCGCAGACUACCACAUUGUGCGGCAUUAUAAGCUGAGACUCGGUGAUUUGUACACUGGGGACAGUUCGUCCAUUUACUGGUUCUCAAAUGGCGUGAACUGGAGGGCAUUCGUUGCGUUCUUAGCAGGGAUGUGGCCACUUCUUCUUGGCCUUGCCUUGAGCUUUUCUGUGUUCUGGGCACUGAGUCGCUGUUUCCCACCGACUGGCCUCGGGCUAGAGUCUUCUUUCACUGGGGAGGAGGUCAUCUAUGGGGUUCCAAAGUCCGAUGUUGACAAUGAGAAUGAGACCCAGCUGCAACCCGAUGCGACAGCUGGCAGCAGCCGCCAGGGACAGCAGUCCGCACGGAACUUGUCCUCCACGGCCGACGGGACGAGUAGCUCCUCUUUAAAUCUGGGGGCUACAAGUUCCCCGGCAAAUUCAUCUUCCUCAUGGGCGAGGCCGCUUUCGGGCGAGUUGCUGUCACCCCUGAACCACUCCACUGAGGCUGAGCGGUGGCUAACACAGGGAACAUCGCCAACCGCACCUUCAGCAGGGCCACUUGGCUCCACGGAUGAAGAGCCGUUACUCUUAUAUACCCUAGAAGAUAACAAGAAUCGCACCGCCCACAGCAUGGGCCUUUGCGCUGAGCAGGACACAGACUUGCUUGCUUCUUUUCGGUCCGUGAUCAUGAACGAGACCGAUGGAGUCAGUGCCGAUGUCAUUCAGAUAAGUGCCGGGAAUCCUGCCUAUAAGAUACCUCCAGUACACUUUAAUGUGCUGCAUGAUGAGUUCCAACCCGCCGACGAUGUCGCCAAAACCCGGGCCUCGGAGAACAUUGAAGCAAUGGUAUCCCCGCAUGGCCCAAUCCUUGUUCGGCUCUUUUUCAAACAUGUCCAUCCGGUAUACUGUGUUGUGUCAAAAGCUAGGUUCCUGCAAGCUUAUGCGACUGAAAAACUUCAAAUUCCUGCCUCGUUGCGCGGGGCUAUCUACGGGCUGGGGUCAAUGUUCUGGCAGCAGCACCCUGAUGCACCACGGCCCUUGCAGUUUGAUCUGCACGAUCUAUUUGAAGAGGCACAUUCAUCUCUACAGAGGGAAUUCCAUGCUCCAAAUCUUUGGAAGUUGCAAGCCUGUCUACUACUUCUGUAUGAAAGACCAGCGGACAACGCUACCAUUGAAACACCACGAACGUGGAUUUUCUCUUCUCAUGCCGUUGCAUGCGCCCAGAUGAUUGGACUGCACCGAGACCCAGGAUCCUGGCAGAUAUGUCCCUGGGAGAAGAAAGUUAGGAAGAAAUUAUGGUGGGCAACUUACAUGGCGGACAUCUGGUCCUCCGUCUGUCAUGGCAAUCCACCUCUAAUCUACCCAGCCUCAUUUACGACAUCUAAACCAAGUAUCGAAGAUUUGGCAUUUGAUGAAGAUAUCCCGAAAGAGUUAGCUCAUAUGGUGGACGAUUCCAGCACAUCUGUUGAUAUUUCCACCACUGCACGCUUUCUCCAAAUGGUCGAACUGAGUCAGAUCUUACAUGAUCUAAUUGAUUCUUACUACCUGGAUGCUGGCUAUGAGAAAAGCAUGGCGGAUCCGGCGGACCGGGAAUCUAGAUUAUUGGAAGUCAAAAAGAGGCUGGAGAACUGGGCCGCCAUGGCUCCCCAAUGCGUGACCAUGCGCUGCGCCGAGGAAUCCCUGGCCUUCAGAAAUAAUGCGCCAUUGCAGCUGGCAUUCUUCGCCACACAGGCUUUACUCUUCCGGGCGUUAAUGAGCCCUGCCAAGCCGACCUCUAAAAAUGACCCUGAUUCCUCGCUUCGCCGCUAUUUUGCACAGGCUGUUGGUGAAUUCCAAAGGUUUACUCUCUUCAUGGACGAGAUAACUCUCGCAUGUUUGCAUUCUUUCUGGGGUGGACGUAAGUCACUUCUGGUCAUGAUCUGA